AUGGAUUCUGUCCCCGACAUGGAUGAAUUAUUAGAUCAAUUAGAAGCUUCUGAAGAUGCCUUGGUCAGGCCAUCUAUUGCCACUGUUUUUGCGCACCACUCUUCACAUUCCGAUCGACGAGAUGUUGCGGCCAAAAAAAUUGACGACCAUGAAACUUUGUCGUCGAAUGAUGAUAGCCGAGGGUCAUUAUUAACAAAAACAUCCGUGAUAAAACAAUCAGUUUCCAGUAAAUUUAAUAGUGAUAUUGAUCAGUUCCCGUCUCUGCCGUCUUCAGCACAGCCUUUGCUGAAUCUUCGAGAUAUCACCGUUACGCCGGCCUCGAGGGAAAUUGAAUCUUCAUCUUCAUCUCUGAAAAACUUAUCCGAAGUUUCUGAGGCAAAAAUCUCGACGACCAGCAUUCCAAACAGAGCAAAAUUGCAGAAUGGGACUGUGGAAAACGUGAUGGAUGGUUCAGGCAACCUGCAUGAUCCUUUCGUUGAUAGCAUCGACAAUACUGCAGAAAUAAAUCGGACAGCAGGAGAUAAAAUAGACGGAAACUCGAAUAGACCGAACGAGAUGACAGAAGAAGUCGAAAAAUAUUGUGGAGAAAAUGAGCAUCACCUCGACGUUUCUGUUGCCGACCGCUCAGAAUGUGAUGAAUCAUUGGAGCUGAACGAAACCAACAAACAGAGUGAGACAGGUCACCAUAAGGGAUCGGAAUUGACAUCGAAAUCUAUCGCAAAUGAGAAUCAAAAGAAGAGAAUUGGUUUAUCAGAAGAAUCAAAUAUUUCUGAUGGUCAAAAACCAUCUAUGCCGGAUGUCAAGGAAAUUGGUUGUAACAAUGGCUUAUCAGUGGCGACAGGAAGGUUGAGGGAUAAAUUCAAACGUAGUUCUUUGGAAAGCUCCACCAAAAGUACGACAAAUUUCGGACAAACACGUGGAAAGACUGCCAACGAGCAAAAGCGUAUGACACAAGAAUAUCAAGAAAUGGAUCAAUAUUUGACCAGAUUCGCUCAAGAGAGCAGUGGUCAGCAAGAGAGAAAUGCGAAAGAAAGUGACAUUGAAGAGAAAGGAAAGGAAGUGGAAUCGGAGAAGCUGGUUGAACCAGCCGAACUGGUCGUGGAUAAACCUGAUGAUGCUUUUGCUGGUGACAGUGAUAAAAACCAAGAAAGUGAUGAUGGUGCUGUAACUGAGAGUGUUGUGAAAGAAGCACCGGAAGCAAUCGAUUCGAACGAAAUUUCGAGCGGAACUGAAGAAGAGGAGCGUAACGCUGUUGAAAUUGAUAGCAGUAAUGAAGUGUCGCAAAAUAUCAUUGUUACAACGGAUGUGACUGAUGUAACAGAACAUGUGACUGACACCAGUAUUCAAAAAGAUAAUUCAUUCGAUACGAAACUUGCCGAAUCAAAAGCAGUAACGCAUGAUAAAGCGUUAUCACCGAGUGAGUAUGUGGAAAGUGCAGAGGUAAGGAAGGGGAAUCGUGAGAGAGAGAUUGAAGCUGUUGACGAAAUCAAAAGAGAAGAAACGCAAGAAGAUGAUUCCGUAGAAGAUGCAGAAAGUGAAGAUGUGGCAAAGGAUAAAGAUGAAGUGAAAGGAUAUGCUGAUGAAGCAAUUAGAAAUUCUGAAUUGGAAGCUCCGAUAGAGAGAUUACUUAAUCCAGCGAGAGAAAUGGAAACGAUAGCAGUUCGGGAGAAAGUUUCGGGCGCAGAAGAAAUGCGAGAUCGAGAAGAAGAAGAAGGUUCAGAUGAGCAAAAUCAACAGGAUGCUGAUAAUGAGGCUGGAACAAAACCAACUGAUGGUGAUGGAGGGCAAGAAGACGGCAAUGAAGAGGAACAAGGCGAGGAGCAGCAGCAAGAAGAGGGUGAAGAGGCAUCUGAAGAGGUGGUAAUGGAUGAAGGGUCGGACGAUAUGGCGGUUUGCACCGAGGCGAACAUUCGGCGGUUGGCUGAAGGCGUGCAGGAAAUAUCGGUGGUUGCGAGUACGCAUGAUAUUAGCAACGAAAUGUUACUGGACAUGAGUCGGUUGACCGAAUCUGAGCUGCAACUUGGGAAGGUGAAACCGGUGUGGAUAGCAGAUUCUGAAGCAGCCUCGUGUAUGUUGUGCUGUGCAAAAUUCACGUUGAUUCUGAGACGUCAUCACUGCCGUUCAUGUGGACGAGUGUUGUGUGCACAGUGUUCAGCGCAUAAGGCCGUGCUACCGUACAUGAACGAUGCAAGCAAAAAGUUCAAAGUAUGUGAGCCAUGCUUACAAACAUUGCAAAGGAUUGCAGAAUAUGAGAAGGCAAUUGCCGACAGAGAAAGGUCGGCUGUGAUAGUAAUGGUAAUGAUUUUUUGGGAAAGAAUUUUCAGUGGUGCUGAAUCGACGAAUUCGACGGAUCAGCCGGGCACUUCCACAUCAUCGUCACUAACACCUGCAGAUAUCAGACGAGUCACAAAAUCAGUUCUGAAAGUUAAAACGACGAUGCCUUGUGCGGACUCUAAUGAAGAGAAUCCCGAAGCAGAAGGUAGUGGCGAACGAACCGGAGCGUCGUCGGAGCUUGAAGGAGAAGUUGCCUCGCACCCGAAACGAAGUGUUAAGUUUCUGGAUGGCGUGAAUCCUGGCGAAGGAAGUUUGUCAGAUAGUGGCGGUGGUGCGACACCGAGUAUUGCGAAUGCACCCGAACCGAGCAGUUUGAUACCGAAACCGAAAAAGAAGCGAGCAAGUGUCGUAAGACGAGUGAAAGAACUGCGUAUGGAGGAGGAAAAUGUCUGUUUGUUACCAAAAGAGCCGAAUGAUCCUUUGUACACACGUAAAUCAGAUGGAUCAAUUGGAAAAGUGGACGAUAUAAAUGAAUUACGACAAAAAUUGAACGAUAAUAAAUCGAUCGUAAUCACUAUUUCACGAAAUCUUUGGUGCAAUGUAAAAAUUUGUAAUUUAACAUGCUGUGGUCUUGGUCGGGUGAUGUGUAUAAGUUCAUGUGGGAUGUCACUGGUUGGCUUUGAUGAAAUUCUGAUUGUUUAUGAUCUAGCUGAUGAGGACGAUGAUAGCAGUGAGAGCAAUAAUCGACCGAUCGAAUUACCUAUUGAUGCGAUACGACGGAUACGUGAAAUCUACGAAUGCUCAUUGAAAGCACAGAAUGAGUCAUUCGAAGAGAGGAUGGGCAUUCGUGCCGCACACAUCCGUGUACCGUCGUUUCAUUCUACUAACCUGAUCAAGCAGCAGUCGAAUGAUUUCAUCACGAGAGAUAUUCUUCUAUUUAGACCAACUCUUCAGUGUUUUGAUAAUUUGAUCAUACCAUCAUCACCAUUCCUUGUCGCAUGCUUCAUUCAUCCAAGUGAAGCGGUUUGGGCUUUGGCUAUUCCAAAUCGUUUACUGUACAGGAUUGGACUGCAAGCCUCAUAUUACCCAACACCGAUAGUGAAUCGUCGCCAACGUAAGCCGGUCUAUAGAGCAGAGAGUGAUACGAGUGUACUGAAAGUAUUCACAGACUUUAGAAAUUGGUCAUAUCGUAUGUUGAUGGUUCAUGGAAGUAGACUGGAUUUACAAGAUAAUGAAUCGAAGUUAAUUGUACCGAAAUGGGCGAGGAAAGAGUUGAAAGAACUAGUGGAGUCAAAUCGAAAUAUGAUCGCGUUUGCAUUGGACUUCAAUGCGUCUGCAGACAGUCAUUUGGUUUGUGAGCAAGAUGAGGAAACUGGUAACUAUCGAACUCAAGUGUUCACGACGGGGGUGGAAACAAGAAAAUUAACUGGAGCAUCAUUCAUAGUUAUUGAUGGAGCGCUGAAGUCUGGUGAUUCGGAUUUGAGUAUAAGUGUGGUUGAGGAUGGCAUCGCAGUUCGACUUCGACCAGACGCAAUGACGCAACUUUCGGAGGCGUUGUGUGACGGUGAGAACUACAGACUGGAAACGAAUCAAAUGAAGUUUUCUCUGGAGUGGAGAAGCAACGUUACGACUUCGACACCUCUAACGGAUAGAAACAAAUGCAAACCAAUUCCACAACUCGUUUCACCGAUCGAUCAGUGCUCGUUAAUGGUUCGUUGGAUUAUUUAUUGCUGA